ACAUCUGUGCGUACGCGGUCGUGAUUGUUGUGAAGAUGGCGGAGGGGGAGACAGAGAGGGAAUAUGACACACGGAAAGCCAUCGAGGAGCUCCGAGAGCGCUUCCAGCGCCUGAGCGCAGUGCUGAAGGAGAGCCCGCUGUCGCCGCUCGAAGCCUCCCUGCAGUUCUGCCAGGAGUUCUGCCAGGUCCUUCUAGAACAUGCCGGACGUUGGAAAACUGAUGAGGACCCACUGCCUUUGCUGGAAGUGUACACUGUGGCCAUCCUCAGCUUUGCUCGGGCCUCCUCCUGUCUCUCCUCCGAAUGUGAAAACGUGCCACUCCUACUUGAAAAGUUAGCAUUGAGUUGUGCGGAGCUGCUGCUCUUACUGCCCCAGCAUGUCCCCGGUGCCUUAUGGGAGGAGUUUCAGUCCUCCAUGAAGGUGGCACACCAACUUUUGCAGGAAAGUGGGAGCAUGCAGCUUUGCCUGCUUUCAAUUCUAGCGCAACAGGACGGUGUCUGGUCCAAUGCCACGUUAAACGGCAUUCUGUCCAAUAAAAUCCCUCAAACCGAGCAAGUUCAUGAAUAUUUGGAGUUGGAAGGUCCGAUGCUUGUUAAUAUGCGAAUAAAGCACCUUAUCAAAGUGAACAGUGUUGAUAAAGCUGCAGUCCUUGCAAAGUUGUCCUCAGAAUAUCCAGGAUAUGAAGGAAAAGGGAAUUUUAAACAAACCUACUUACUUUGCAUCUGUAUGUCAAAAUGUCAGGAGCAGCUAAAGGAAGAGAUUGCACCGAUGGACUGUAAGGACGCGCUCGAAAUGAUCUGCAAUUUGGAAUCAGAGGGAGAUGAGAAAGGCGCACUUUGUGUCUGCUCUGCAUUUCUCAGACGACAGCAUCUCCAAGGAGAUGUUUAUUGUGCCUGGGAACUCACAUUAUUCUGGAGUAAGCUACUCAUGCGAACAGAAUCAUCAGCUGAUGUGUUUCUUGCACAGAGCAAAGAGAUGGCCCUCCUCUGCAGAAAUGUCUGUCAUGUACUGUUUCUCAUCAAAGUAAUCCAAAAUGAGAUUGGAGAGGUGGGUCUUCCAGUCUGUGUCGAAAUGUGCAUUCAAGCUCUGAAAAUGACUUCCGGUGAUCAUAAGGACAGCAAGUUGACCAUUUGCAAGACUAUCUCCUGCCUCUUGCCAACUGAUCUAGAGGUUAAGCGUGCGUGCCAGCUGACCGAGUUCCUCCUUCAGCCUACCAUUGACUCAUAUUAUGCUGUGGAGUCGCUAUACAAUGAACCAGACCAAAAGACUGAGGAGGAUGGAAGUCUACCAGUGCCCAAUUCUUUACGGUGCGAGUUACUGCUGGUCUUGAAGAUACAGUGGCCUUUUGAUCCAGAAUUCUGGGACUGGAAAACACUGAAACGCAACUGCUUGGCACUGAUGGGUGACGAGGCAGCUAUUGUGUCAUCUAUUGACACCCUGAAUGACACAGAUGAACAGGAGGCAGGAAGUGCAGUGAGCAAGGUGCCCGAAUACAAAGACCUGGAGGAUUUUCUGUUAACCACUACAAAUGAACUGAACGAGAUCACAGACGAAAAAGAAAAAAACAGAGAGGCUAAAAAACUGCGAGAACAAGGGUUUGUGUCUGCUCGGUUCCGAAAUUGGCGAGCCUACAUGCAGUAUUGUGUUUUGUGUGACAAGGAGUUCCUUGGCCAUAGAAUUGUUCGCCACGCCCAGAAACAUUUCAAAGACGGCAUGUAUCUGUGUCCCAUUUGUGCUGACAGUUUUGAAAGUAAGGAGGUAUUAGAGCCACAUGUAGCAUCACAUGUAAAGCAGUCUUGUAAAGAGAGACUAGCUGCGAUGAAAGCUGCUCGGAAGGUAACCAAGCCACCGAACUCUCCUAAAAGCCCGUUGAAAAAUACAAAAAUUGCCGCCAAGACAAACAUUAGUCCUGUUAAAAUGGAUUCUAUGAUUAACAACCAGUCAGUGAGCACAACUCCCGUUACGAAAGAGCAAACUACAUCUGAUCCACAAAUGAGUCAGGACUGUUUUUGCCCUGUUGCAAAUUGUUCAAAGGCUUUCAAGUUUUUCCGUAAUCUUAUGGCUCACGUUAGAAGUCAUAAAGAUGAUGAAGAAGCCAUGCGGUUUUUAGAGAUUCAAAAGCAGAAAGUGGUUUGCCAGUAUUGCAGGCGGCAGUUUGUGAACGUUAGACAUCUCAAUGAUCACUUACAGAUGCACUGUGGUAGCAGACCGUACAUCUGCAUUCAGCUGGACUGCAAGGCCAGCUUUGCUUCCAAUUCUGAACUCCUCAUGCACAGAAAAACGCACACAGAAUUUAAGGCCCAGUGCAUGUUUCCUAACUGUGGUGCAGUGUUCAACGAAGCCUAUCUUUUGUAUGAUCAUGAAGCUCAGCAUUACCUUACCUACACCUGCCAAAUGACGAACUGUGGUAAAAUAUUCUACUCGCAAACACAGUUUGUGUCUCAUCAAGAAAAUCACAGCACAAAUGACACAGUAAUCAGCUUUGCCAUCACAAGUGAAAACCCUCCGAUCACUCCCAAAGUGGAACACUCCUUCAGCAACACCCCGAGCACAGAAAACACGCAAUCUGCUGUCGCGUGUCUUGAUAGGAUUAAUGCAGACAUGUAUAUGAAGGAAGCUCUGAAGGCGACUGCUUCACCAUCAAGAUCGCCAGAGCUUACGAAAGAACCUACUCCGGUGAGGGUGAAACACUCAAUUGAAAGCAUGUUAAAUUCUGUGGCACAUUCCACAAUGUUAGAACCAGAGAAGUGCUACACUCCGCUGACAAAUCCCACUCCGGCACCAGCUGACGUGAAACCGGCACCAGAGGUUCCACGUGCACAACAUAAUGUGGCCGGGCAAAGUGAGGUGCCUCCGCUAUAUUCCAUGCAUUGUUCAACAAACCCUGUUGCAAAUCUCGAAGGAGAAGGACAUAAUAGUGGACAGGGUCAUGAAUUUCAGAAAGUGUUACCUCAGAUACUUUCUCCAUCACAAAUCAAACAAGAAAUUCCUUGUGCACUGCAAGGAUACCCUCCCAGCACACCUGCUGGAAUUAAUGAGGACAACCUACAUAGUUGCCCAUCUAAUGCCUGUUCAAGGGCAUACAGCACAAACAAAAGUCUGUCCAGGCAUGUUAAGAAGCAACACCCUGAACUAUUUGAAGAGUGGAAACUGGCAAAGAAAUAUAGCAAAGUUUCCCGAAUUGCUGCAAGAAAAACACCUGUUGGACCUUCCAGUCAAUCUCAGAACUCGAAGAACAAGCUGUCAAAUCCACAAACACUACUAUGCAACAAAACUGACAUGCAGCAAAUGGAUUUCCAGAUUGGAUGCUCACCAUCACCUGCCCAGUGUUAUCCUGGCUCAAUGGAUCCUGUGCCCAUCACUCCCAUGGUCAACCCCACAGUGUACCCAUCGUGGGGAAGCCCAGCAAAUUCUAGUGGACUAAUGCAGUCUGAUAUGCCCCAAGCAUGGUCUUCACCUCCCAUGAAUAACUGCUAUCCAGACACCUUCAACAUGAAUGAGUACCCUUCCCGGGCUUAUCCUCCAUGGCAGACCGAUCCCUACCAACCCACAGCAUCUCUACCCCUGGAAAGAGAUAAUUCGUUGACACCUUUACAUGGUCCCACCAUGUCAAAUACCACAUCCGAUUCAAGUUUGAUGUCUCAGUAUGUGUCCAGUUCUUUGAUGCUUGACAAUGGAGGACAAAUGCAUAAUGGAGGAAAUCAAUAUGGACUUAUGCAUUCCGAAAGUAGUGACGAUGGUGCAGCUGUCAGAAAGGCCAGUACAAAUGUGACAGGCCAGAUGGGUAAUGUAAACAGUAUUUCAACAAUUGAGAGUUUGCCUGAAGGAGGUUACCAGGCACCAUAUGGUCAGAAUGAAAGCACAUGUGUUCCUCGAAGAUCAGGAGAGCAAAUGCCUAUGAAGUGUCUGAGUCCAGAGGCCGAGGUUGCAUUAAAAGCUACAACUCAAAUCAUUAAAACAGAGAACCUUGCCCCUUCUGGUUAUGACCAAAUGGACAAUUCUGUGGAUUGCCAACAUGCAGAACUCUCUUUCGAACAUGACUGUGCUGAUGUUGAUUGUGAGGGCAGUCCUCCAGAUGAAAAGUCUAGCGAGCUUGACUUGCAGAAAGGGAAACGCAACAGGCUGAGCAAACGCACCAAAUGGCCAGCUAUCCAUAAGGAUGGAAAGGUUAUCUGCAGGAGAUGCUUUAGAGAGUUCACAAGCACCAAGUCACUUGGGGGCCACCUGUCAAAACGCUCCCAGUGCAAGCCACUCGAUGAAAUUGACCUAACAGCUGAUCUGCCAACAUCGUUUUUAGAUUUCCUCAAUGACCCUCAUGUUCCUGACACUAAUGGAGGCAUGUAUAACUUGUCUAAUGGCGAUUUCUCGCAGGAACCCUGCAGCUUGGUUCCUUUUACUACACCUAUGGAUCUGAAACAAGAACCUCAAAAUAUAAAUACAAUGGACUCGUAUUCAAACUCUUUCUCCUCCAUGUCCUCUGAAAACCUGCAAGAGAAGGCGGAGCCAUCAGCUCAAGUAGCUGUCACUGUACCCUAUCAAGAGGAUCACUUGAUGGAAAUCUCAAAUGCAUUUCAAAGGUUGGAUUUGAUUGAGGCUGCACAAGAGAAGAUGCUUGGGAAUAUUGCUUUAGACAAACAUAUCAGGCAAUGUGGCAAGACGCCAAACCCAGAAAAAAGCAAAGGCUUAAAUAAAAAGCACGACAAGCCUUCUGAAAAGUUAUCGAAACCAUUUAGAUGUGACCAGGAAGAGUGUGAUUAUUCCUUCAUGACGAAAGAGGCAUUAUUCAAACACUUGAGUAAGAUGCAUGAUUUCUCCAAUGAGAAGAUAGAAGAACUGAAAAGAACCCCAUCUAAAUUAUCUCCAUAUUUUUGCCAAAUAUGCCCUAAGACAUUCACCAGGACAACGGGCUUGAAAAUCCACUAUGAGAAAGUGCAUCGACUGUCAAAGCAAGAGAUACAGAAGCUAAGGCUCAGUACGCGAAACAGGCGCGCGUUCAGGCUUAAUAGAGACGGUGUGUAUAGUAGCAAUACAGCAGCUGAGGCUAAUAAUCUUUCACAAGUUUCAGCCAAAUUACUUGAAAUAAAACAGGAACCAGUUGACAUUGCAAUUGAAUCUCAAACUGCUAAUGAGAACAAUCCAGAGGUUUCUGAAAUAGUUUCACAAGUCGAUGCCACAAACAAGAGCAUCAUGCCUGAAGUUUCAACUGUUACACAACUACCUUCACCUCCAAACAUUUUGAGUGACAGACUGAUUUUUGAGCUGACUCCAGCACUCCCCAUACAAACCCCGGAGCAACCUAAAGAGGCUUUGAUGAGCAAGAGCCUAAAUCUGAAACAGAAAUCCUGUUUAAAAAAGAAAGCCACUUCUGGUAUCAAAAAAGCAAAGGUGCCCCGAGUGAAAUCAGUUGCACCGUUGGGCAAAGCAAAAAAAUGUCUGCCCAUUCUUCCUGCUCCAGCUACUUCAUCUUCCCCGGAAAAGCCUGGGAGCUCCAAAUCCUCACCAAUAAAGGACGAAUCCCAGAAGAAGGAGAAAGUUCAGAAACGUUUGGGGCUGAAAACGUGUGAUCCAGACAAUGCCUACAGUCCGUAUAGACCGUAUCGCUGUGUUCAUGAAGGAUGUACUGCUGCGUUUACCAUUCAGCAAAACUUAAUCCUCCACUAUAGGGCUAUGCAUCAAGCAUCCCUGGCUCCCAGCAAAAGCGAAGCUGAUGUUGAGAAUACUGUUGUGAAUAAUGUUCAAGAGGUCAUAGACAAAGGUGAAGAAUUCAGGUGUCAAGUGAAAAACUGUUCCAGGGUGUUCAUGGGAAUCACUAGACUAGCACAGCAUUACCUCUUACUCCAUAAGUUUACAUGCGAAAAAGCCACUGCAAUGAUGGCCAGCAUGACCAUAGAGACUUUCAACUGUGACCGGCCAGAGUGUGCACUCCCCUUCAGUUCUGUAGAAAAGUACAUUGAACAUAUUAAGAGCUACCACAAGGAGAUUGCUAUCACAGAGAGGGGGUCAGUUGAUACAACUUUCAGGUGCGAGUAUGAAGGAUGCGGCCGUGUAUAUAGUACAAAAUCAAACCUCUUACGCCACCUGAUCAAAAAGCAUGAUUACAUCUAUGAUCCUAAAACCCGUGACGGACGGAGGACUAAAUCAGUAGGGCUUUUCCUCCCAGUUACCAAUGGCAAAGAGAAUGUUGAAAACAAAAUCAAAGUGAAGAAGAAAGGCACUAAAAAGAAAGAAGGCAAGGCCAUUGAGCAUUGGACAAAUUUUGGGAAGCCAACAUUGAAAUCCCACGAGGAAGCAUCAGCAAUGUGCACAAAAAAGUCCUCUUUGCAGUACCCAUGCAUGAUAAUAGGCUGUGAUGCAGUGGAGCGGGCAGAAAGGAAUAUAUUUAAACAUUACACCACGCACGGCCUCACAGAGCGGUACAUUGAAGACCAGAGGAGCCAGUUCAUAUUCUGCAAAAAAUACCCACGCACCAGGUUUAAGGACGCAAGAAAAUUGGAGGGGGCAUCGAGUUCAUCCGAGGAGGCGGAGCAAGAGGAACCCCCUGAAAAACCCCCUGAUCAAAACACAGAGGAGGUGGUUGAACCGAUCGUCAAAGAAGAAAGCAAGCUCUCCACUGAAGAGAGCGCAGAAUCUCAAGCUUCCAUCGGUACCGAUGCAGGAAUCAAAAGGGGGCGUCCCAGGAAGCCUGCACAUCCGACACCAGCUUGUCCAAAGAGGAUGCAGACCCUUAGGAAUCGUUUGACUGUUAACACUUCUAAAGAGGACUCAAAUCCUGGCACCCCUGUAGCCCCUGAACAGCAUGACGGCGGGGUUGCGCCAGGUUCGUUCAAGCCUUUAGGACUCGAGGAUUCAUUCUUAAAGUUCUUGGAAACCUCGGAGACAUCCCACUCUUCCAAACGUAAAUCAAGCGAUAAAUCUUGUGCUGAGGUGCCAUCUAAAAGACAGAUUACCCAUAGGAGAAAACCUGCUGUGAAAAGUAAAAUGACUGAUGAAAGCCGAGACUGUGGAAAUCUGGUAGACUUUAGAAAUCCUCUAAAUCUCAAAUCAGUUAGCAAUGUUAAGAUUGUGAUGGAUAAAACGCUAUCAGGUGGUGCUGAUCUUUUACUCAAGCAGCUGCAAUACAUGAAGCCCAUAGUUCUAAUAAAAAAAUGGCUUUAUAGCGGAUCGUAGCCUGACAUUUUAUUUUUGACUCGAUCUCUCUCAGGAUUUGAGAAGUAUGCUGCAAAAUGGUUUGUUGGCAAUGGAUCAGAUUUUAACAGUUAACAGUCACAGUUAAGGAUGAAAUGGCCUAUUUUGUACUUUCACAAAUAAUGUCUUGGAUGAUUUUAAGUAUGUAUGUUAGACAUAAUAACCAGGUAACCUAUAGGGCAUAGAUUUUAGAAACAUGUUUGUAUUUAUGCUUAGUACUGAAGAUGUUUUUUCUUUUGCUAAAUGGAGACUUUUAAAGAAAAACUUUUAUAUAUCCCUAUGGGAUUUCAAGUUCUGUUUGUAUUUAUUUCAUCCUUUUUCAACACUAGUAGACCUAUCUGUAAUAUUUACAUGUCUUCCACGAAGUGUUCAAUAAAAUGUUACUGGUUCUUUUUGUAAAAAAAAAAAAAA